GAUCGUCAUCACACAGGAUAUUCCCCCAAGUACAAACAGUGCUCAGAAUGGCUACCAUCUGUCAUUAGAAAUCAGUAUUCCAUCGAACCUGACUGGAGUCUUACUGGCCCUAGUCUCCAAUAAGCAGACCAAUCACGGAAGAAGAGUAUACUGGCCCCGGGCAAGUCUGCCAUAUCCAGCUUUCCCUUUUUGUGCCCAGCUUCACAUAUAUACGCUUGCUGGUUGGCUGCGUUGCGAAGGAGCUCUCGAUCCCACUAUAGCAUCACCAGUUCGAUCACAAGGCCUUUUAUAGUGACUUGGUUCUUUUAGCGGUUGAUUGCAAGCUUACCCAUUACCACUACUUGAACUUUACCUCCAUCUCCAAUCAUGUCUGGUUCCGACAGCGAGUCCACCAUGUCGAGGAAGCCUCGCACAAUCGUCCUGUGUUUCGAUGGCACAGCAGGCCAUUAUGAUGCCACGAACUCGAAUGUUGUCAAGUUGUUCUCAUUAUUCCAGAAAGAUACAAACGAACAGCUUGCUUAUUACCAGGCAAGUCUGCUUGCAGAGUGCGAGGCGGGGGUGGGGACAUAUUUUUCUCCUGGCACAGUGUCCCCCUUGUUCAUGUGGUUCGCAAAACUCAUGGACGAAGCUUUCGCAUGGUAUCUCGAUGCUCAUGUAAUGCAGGGGUACCAAUACCUCAUGAACAACUAUCGCGAGGGCGACAAGAUCUGCUUAUUUGGAUUCUCUCGAGGAGCAUACACAGCGCGUGCUCUGGCUGGGAUGCUGAACAAGGUUGGCUUAAUUCCCCGGUUCAAUAUCCAACAGGUCUCUUUUGCCUAUAAGCUCUACAAGCGCACGGACAAGCAAGGAAAAAUUUUAGCUGCAGGGUUCAAGCAAACGUUCUCUCGGGAUGUGCGAGUUGACUUUGUCGGGGUGUGGGAUACUGUGCAAAGUACAGGGAUCCUCAUGAACCGAAGCUUGCCUUUUACAGACUCUAACACAUCUAUCAGAACGUUCAGACAGGCACUAGCUCUCGACGAGCAUCGGGCGAAAUUCCGCCCAAAUCUGUAUCACCGGCUAGAUCCUGACAAAGUCAAUGCAGGUCUUGACCCCGAACAUGCAAGCGGUAGCUUCUUUUUGAAGUUCAAGACCAAGAUGCACAACAAAGUUGGUACUCUGAAGAGUAAGUCUGGGAAGAAAGGGCCAAAAUGCGAUAGGAAGAAAUGUUCUUCAGGAAAGGAGCAAAUGACGGUCACCAUAAACGACGAACGUGCAUGUAUUCGCACGGAGGAUGAUAUAUUGACACGGGAUGAUAUCAUCAUAAGAGUGGUGGAGGAAGAAGCACCUACCGCACCCACCCCUCCAGCGGCCACUGAUGUCCUUGAGGUGUGGUUUUCGGGUUGCCACACGGAUAUUGGCGGAGGAGCUGUACAAGACGAUGUCAAGACGUCUCUUUCACACAUAACCUUACAAUGGAUGGUCGAACAAAUCGUUGCCUCGCAAUGCGGCAUUCUCUUUGAUAACGAUGCAUUAGAACGUAAUGGUCCUACCCCUUCCCCGGAGCUCUCAGAUGCACUAGCGCAAAUGCAUGAUGAAUUGCAAAUGCAGAAGCUCUGGUGGUUAUUGGAAAUCAUUCCUCUCGACUUUGCCUGGCAGGGUCCCGACGGAUUGUGGCACAAAACAUGGAGCAUUCAUCUCGGCAGGGGCCGUUACAUCCCCGAUCCUAUCCCCAAAUUCCACUAUACGGUAAAGGACCGAAUGGACGACAAAACUCUCAAUUAUAAGCCACGAGCCGUAUACGAAAAUGGGAAAGAAUGCUUCGUAGGAUAGACUAGCCUCAUUAGGCUUGUAUCCUUCCUCUACGGACGAUAUAUCAUACGUUGCACUCCAUUAAUAGUAUGCCUUUACGACUUUUUCAUUAUGAUGUUAACGACACACUCGGACGCCCAUGGUCUAGGUCCAACGACAGUAACGCUUUUUUAUUAUUGAUAUUUUACGAAAUUUGUACGAUGGUACGAAUUGGUACGUAGUUAUUGGCACGAUAAUACAACGCAUUCACGAU